AUGGUGACUUGGUUGAUAAAAAUAAAAGUGUUGUAUUUCGUUUUGUUCGUCGCGGCGGUGACUGCCUCCCCACUGCCCGAAGAUGAUGGGAGCGACGCUGUUGAAAUGAUUGUUAACGGUGUGCCUAAUGGCGCGCCUUUGGAGAUCAGUGAUAUCGUGGACAUCAAGCUGAAGGAGCACGUUGAUGGUGAAGUGGUUGCUGCCUCCAACCUUCUGCACCCUUACUCUGCUGUUGGUAUCGCUGAAGCUCAAGCUGCUGCUGCUGAAGCCGCUGUAGCUGAAGCCAACAAGGAAGUAGAGUUCGUUGACAAUGCUGAUGUACUUGAUGUCCAGCAUGUGCCGAUUGGUGGUCGUCCUGUGCCAGAGUCGGUCGCCCUACCCGCCCUUGUUGCUCCUGAAGUUGUAGCUGAACCUGCAGCCCCUGCUACACCUGAGAUUAUUGUGCCUGAGCCUGUAGUUAUGCCCUCUCCUGUAGCUCCUGAAGUAGUUGUGCCCGAACCAGUAGUUAUACCAUCCCCUGUCGCUCCCGAACUUGUUGUUCCUGAACCAGUAGUUAUGCCCAGUCCAGUAGCUCCCGAAGUUGUUGUUCCUGAACCAGUUGUCAUGCCUAGUCCAGUAGCUCCCGAAGUUGUUAUUCCCGAACCAGUUGUGAUGCCCAGUCCAGUAGCUCCUGCAUUCGAAGAGGCUCCAGUAGCUGCCGCGUACAACGGUGAGGUGUACAAUGAUGGACUCGUCCAGGUGCAGUACAAUGGACCUGCAGAACCUGGUAUGUUCUCUACUAUCCAGUCCUGGUUCAACGUUGUCCUUAACUACUUCAGUUCCGAGGCCCCCGCUACCUCUCACUAA